AUGGCAAGCCAGCCACCGGAAGAGCCUGUGGAGUCUCAGGUCUCGGAUGAGCUGGAGUGCAAGAUUUGUUACAAUCGGUACAACCUGAAGCAGAGGAAGCCCAAGGUUCUAGAGUGCUGUCACAGGGUCUGUGCCAAGUGCCUCUAUAAGAUAAUAGACUUUGGAGACUCCCCCCAAGGUGUCAUCGUCUGUCCUUUCUGCAGGUUCGAGACGUGCCUGCCAGAUGACGAAGUGAGCAGCUUGCCUGAUGACAAUAACAUCCUUGUAAACUUGACUUGUGGAAGCAAAGGGAAGAAAUGCCUGCCUGAGAAUCCCACGGAGCUGCUGCUCACCCCCAAGAGGCUGGCUUCCCUCGUCAGCCCUUCCCACACGUCCUCCAACUGCUUGGUUAUCACCAUCAUGGAGGUGCAGAGGGAGAGUUCCCCAUCCCUUAGCUCGACGCCGGUGGUAGAAUUCUACAGGCCGGCAAGUUUUGACUCUGUCACCACAGUGUCCCACAACUGGACGGUGUGGAACUGCACCUCCCUGCUCUUCCAGACGUCCAUCCGGGUGUUAGUGUGGCUGCUAGGUUUGCUGUACUUCAGCUCCUUGCCCUUAGGGAUCUAUUUACUGGUGUCUAAGAAAGUCACCCUUGGGGUGGUCUUUGUUAGCCUUGUCCCCUCUAGCCUUGUCAUCCUUAUGGUGUAUGGUUUUUGCCAAUGCGUUUGUCAUGAAUUUCUGGACUGUAUGGCACUUCCUUCUUAA